CAGGAUAUAUAAAAAUUAUAUAUAAUUCUCUUCGUUGUUCCUGCUGUAAUGGGUUUCUUGGAUCGUUGCGCCGACAUCUGCAACUUCUCUCACGGUCACAGCCAUGACAGUAAGAAGCUCAAGAAAAACCAGCAACUUCAGAGGGUGGAGAUAAAAGUGAAGAUGGACUGCGAGGGGUGCGAGAAGAAGGUGAAGAAAUCGGUGGAGGGAAUGAAAGGGGUGACGGAGGUGGAGGUGGACCCCAAGCGGAGCAAGCUGACGGUGGUGGGUUACGUUGAUCCCAACAAGGUUCUGCACCGUGUCCGCCAUCGGACCGGGAAGACGGCGGAGCUCUGGCCCUAUGUGCCCUACGACGUCGUUGAACACCCUUACGCGCCUGGAGCCUACGACAAGAAGGCGCCACCUGGGUACGUGCGCAAUGUCGCGGCAAACCCGGACGUGGCGCCGCUUGCACGUGCCGGAUCCUUCGAGGUUAAAUACACCACCGCCUUCAGCGAUGAAAAUCCCAAUGCUUGCUCCCUAAUGUAACCUAGUGUCACCUCAUGUAAAUAAACUGUUGCUCCCCAAGGUUCUAACUUGUAAUAUAUUUGAUUAUUCCAAAGAAGAAAAAAAACUUGUAAUAUAUUGCU